AUGUCAAGGCCUCCGACGAGACAGAUCGAACGACUUCUUGUCGCAAACAGAGGAGAGAUAGCGACAAGGAUCAUCUCCUGCGCUCGAGAGCUAGACAUAGAAACCUUCGCCAUUUACAUCGCCGGAGACGACUCUCACACUUUAGGCGCAGCUCACGCCAUCAAAUUGGAUAGUGCUUCAUCUUUCAUGAAAAUCGACGAACUUCUACGUAUUGUAAGAGACAACAACAUCGACUCCGCUCACCCUGGAUAUGGCUUUCUCUCUGAAUCAGAAGAGUUCCCCAAAAGGAUGUGGGAGGAAGCGAAUGCUAUUGUUGUUGGUCCAGGUUGGGAGAUCCUUAGCAAUACUGGAGACAAGCUAAAAGCAAAACUUCUUGCUGAGAAAUGCCAAGUCCCGACAACUCCAGCGCUCGAUCGACCUACAGAUGAUGUGGAGGACAUUCGUGGUUUCGCAGCAAAAACUGGUUUCCCUUUGAUGAUCAAGGCGGUCGAUGGAGGUGGUGGCCGAGGAAUCCGGCUGGUCCGUAGACUUGACCAGCUCGAAUCGUUGUUCAAACGCGCCCUUGAGGAGAGUCCGUCGAGGCAGGUAUUCGCAGAAAAAGCGGCGAUUGACGGAUUCCGACACAUCGAAGUCCAGAUCAUCGGCGAUGGAACAGGUAACGUCACACACCUCUGGGAACGUGAUUGCAGUAUCCAAAGAAGAUACCAAAAGAUCGUUGAGUUUGCUCCAAGCUUGAUCGAUGAUCGGAGACUUGUUGCACAAGUCAUUAACGCCGCGCUAGAGAUGGCCAGCCACAUCCGGUACUUCUCACUGGGUACCUUUGAGUUCUUGGUAAAUCCGAUCUCGCAUGAGUUUUACUUCCUCGAGAUCAAUCCUCGUCUCCAGGUUGAGCAUACAAUCACCGAGAGCAUAAGUAUGUCAGACCUAGUCAGAUCUCAACUUAUGCUCUCCCAAGGUGCCACACUUGACGAUUGUGGUUUGACAAGCUCGUCGUUAGCCCGAGAUCCUGAAACACCACCACCACUCCACAGCAUACAACUACGAGUCACCGCCGAGAACGUGGAACAGAAUUGGGCGUUGUCCAUCGGCAAGAUAUCAAGAUCCAGGUUUCCAACCGGCAAUGGCGUUCGUGUCGAUACUCAUCUUGUCAAUGACCAUGAUGCGAUUGUGUCAACAGACUUCGACAGUCUCAUCGCGAAGCUGGUCAUCACGGGCUCUUCCUGGCGCGAAACAGUUCGAAAGGCAAAGCGUGCAUUGGAAGACACUUUCAUAUCUGGCGUGCAGACGAACAUCAACAUGCUUAAAGCCAUCGUGACGCAUCAGGACUUCCUAGACGGUAAUUGUGACACUCAAUGGUUGGAGAACAGACAUGAAGAGCUUCUUCAUGCCAGCCGGCAAUUUCCUACAUCUCACCAGACUCCUGCACCGGAUCUGACAUCAGCUCUUGUCAACUCAACUGGCAGUACGAUUCUCCGAAAGGGUGACGCUUGGACUGCCUCUAUCUCUUCGCCGUCAGAUCCGCAAAGUAAUGAUGUACCAUAUCAUGUCGAACUGACUCGCGUCUUCCGCAACGAUUUCCCCGGACAUCUGAGCGCAGAGCUACUGUUCACCACACCAUCGCAAGAGUCCAAACCAUACCGUAUCACGCUCUCUUCAACAACUGCAAGUGCAGCAGCAACCACUUCACAGCAACGACGAGGAGAUCCGUCAGACUCAUCUCACGUCAUCAUACCUUUCCCUGGAAAACUGGUAGAGGUACUUGUUGACGAAGGCGAUGUUGUACAGCAAGACGAUGUUAUCUGUGUCGUGCAGCAAAUGAAAAUGGAGCUCGAGGUCCGAUCGCCGAGAAGUGGAAACGUGGUGUGGAUCACAGAAUUGGAAGAUGGUGAAGAUGUUGCGGAAGGAAUGCUGGCUGCGAUAGUGGUACCACAGAAGGAUGCGAAGCUCUGA